UAAACCGAACCGGAUCGGUUAAGAGAUUAGUUAUUAAUUUUCGAUUUCAUUUGUCACUUUACCAUUUCUUCUCCAUGACAUUCCUCUUAUCAAGAUCAUUCCUUUCACUAACACUCAGACCCUCUUCUUCGAUCUUAAUGGCGAAUCUAACGACGAACGCAAAAGCUCGCCUGAGAGGCGUUGUGUUCGACAUGGACGGAACCUUAACGGUUCCGGUCAUCGAUUUCGCGGCAAUGUACAGGACUGUCCUCGGAGAAGAUGAGUACAAGCGAAUCAAGGCGGAGAGUCCUACCGGAAUCGAUAUUCUUCACCAUAUAGAGUCGUGGAGCCCAGAUAAGCAGCAGAAGGCGUACGAGAUCAUAGCUGAUUAUGAGCAACAGGGGAUUGAUAAGCUCCAAAUCAUGCCCGGUGCUGUUGAACUUUGUAGCUUUCUUGAUUCCAAAAAGAUAAAGAGGGGGCUAAUUACACGCAAUGUUAAGAAGGCAAUUGACAUAUUCCACCAACGUUUUGGGGUUAUCUUUUCACCGGCACUAGGCAGAGAGUUUCGUCCAUAUAAACCAAACCCGGAUCCGCUGCUGCAUAUAUGUUCAGCAUGGGACAUCCAACCUAACGAAGUCAUCAUGGUUGGUGACAGCUUGAAAGAUGAUAUAGCUUGUGGAAAAGGAGCUGGAGCUUUCACAUGCUUGCUAGAUGAAACUGGAAGGUAUAGACCAGAUGAUUUUUCUGUCUCUGGACUGCAUCCUGAUUUUAAAGUUGAUUCCCUGUCCAAAAUUCAGAACAUAUUGGAGACGAACUUCGACCUCAUCCCAUAGAUUUUUUUUUUUUUGUUUGCCUCCAAAUUCCUCAUCUUGUGACCAAAAUAGUCUCCUACUCAACACAAAGGCUGUAGUUUGCAGCAGGAUCAUUAUUGUAAGAGAGAUAAUGCCAUUACACAGUAUCUGUUCAGGAUAUCCAUUAAUACCAAUUACAGAGUUCUGCUCAUUCGCCA